AUGCCGAUUCCAUUUUUCCUUGAAACGAACGAAUGAAACGAAUAUCUGACCCAAUAUUUGGGUGAAAAGUAUCUUUUCACUUUUACCGUUUUGUUACGUUUUUCACUUCAAGGCCGGUCGCAUCAAGAAUUCGAGACUUUCGAGGACCGGAAAGACUCGUGAUUGCGUUCUUAUUUCCAAUCGAUAACUUCUUUAUUAAAAGUCUUGUUAGUAGGACUGAAUCACAGGAGCUGAUGUAAAACCUUAAUAAGGAUGAUCACGUACAGAAAUGCGAAGAUGUGACGUGAACCGGAUAUUAGAAACUAUAUAUUAUCAUUUUCUGUUCAUAUUAGUAUCGUUCGAAGGAGACGUUCAAAAACCCGAAGAAAUCGUCCUGGUAUUCAGUAAACCUUAUUUCGUUCUUAGUAUGCCGAUGGUGAGAUGAAGCAAUAUUAAACAGUCUGUUUCAACAGAGUGUUAGCUGAAUUAAGUAUUAGCAGAAUUUCCUCAUAAUAUUUCAAACGGAACUGAAUCUCAAGUAAAAUAAUACCUUUUGUUCUUGGACAAAAGAAAAGUUAAGCCUUUACUCUAUGCGGCAAAAAUAUUCAAAGUUUUCUCGCUGAGCAAAUUAAAUUUUGUACUUAAAAAUUAAUAAGAAAUACUUUAUCUUUGUUAAUAUGGAAAAGCGUCUAACAGCUCGUUACAGUCGGUGUCUUAAACAUAUAUACUUGGACUCACCAAGGGAAUUGAAAUGAUUUUAUAAUUUUCCAUGGAAUGAGGCCUGUAAUAUAAAUUUACAUUUAUUGCAAGAGGAAGAAGCCCCAAAGAUUGAAGUGAAUUGAUUUUUGUUUGUCUCCAAACGGAGGAAAACAAAUUAGAAGCAACAAUUCAAAAAUAGUCUCAAUCAUUCUUGACGAAUCAAAAAUGAUAUUUUCACCGGUUCCUAAUGGCUUGAAAAGGACGUAUAAUAAAGAACCAUUCGCAUGUCUUGUUUAAUUUGAACAACUUAUUUUAACAUGAUGUUUGUCAAGUGAAACGCCAGAUUUAAUUUUUCUCAGUCUCUCAAAUACGCUUCUUUUGGCUUCAUUUUCUCUUUCAGCAAUGACGUGUAGGGGUUAUCAAGGAGUCAUCCUUGCUGUUGCAUGUUUAGUGGCGGUGGUUCAAAAUGUUUGUUGUCACUUACAUUUUGAAACCAAUACAAAGCUUUGCUGUGAAAAAUUAUCCAACUCGAGCGAUUUUCGCUGCUGGAAUGAAACACAGGAACUGAGAAACAGGACGAACGCAACUUCAUCCGCCCAAUGCACGCAGGAAAUGUCACGAAAGGCAUGUUUCAACGUAACUGCCAUGCAGCCCUGUCAAGUUGAUCCAGCCGAAAACAUCUUGGAACGAGGAAAAAGAGAAAUUCAUGUAGGAGGGUUUGUUCCUUUUAUGAAGGAUGAUAGAUAUGGGUAUUAUAACGCUAUGAAGAUGGCCAUCAAUCUUAUAAACAACAGAACCGACAUUUUGGGCAACUACACACUGGUGUUGGACUCUAUAGAUACGCAUUGGGACGGUGGUGCAUACGCCACAAAGGCACUCUUUAAUCUCCUGAACAAGAAAGAAAAACCUGUUAUAUUACUUGGACCUUCAAGUACAAAGGCUUUAGAGCCCGUAGCGGAGGCUGCCCCAUUGUGGAAGCUAGUUCAGGUUUCUUACUCGUCAGGCUCACCUAAAUUUGAAAGUCAGUUAACCUAUCCCAACACUUAUCGAGCCGCCCCGUCAUCGACGUCAUACAGCAAAGCAAAGGUGGCCUUCAUCAAACACUACGGCUGGAAAAGAGUUGCUAUUCUUCACGAAUACGAUCCCGAGUUCUUUUCGCCGACAGUAGAUAAGCUUAAAACUGAACUGGAAAAGAACAACAUCAGCAUCAUUGCAGUGGAAGGAUUCGAGAAGCGAGGCGACCUCAGUUUUCAAAUGGAUAAACUUAAGUCACUGGACGCUAGGAUCAUAAUUGGUGAGUUCGAUUACCUCGGUGCCAGAAACGUGUUCUGUGAGGCCUUUAAAAAGAAGAUGUUUGGAUCGAACUAUGCCUGGAUAAUAUUUGGCGAGAUUAGGCCAGGUCGAAUUUUUCCCGGAGAUUCCGAGCUGAAAGGGUCUGUAGACUGUACAAGUAACCAACUGAAAGAAGCAGCCGAACGUUACAUAUCAACUAUGAAGCUAGACAUCCGCCAGGAAAAUCAAAAGACACUGUCUGGAAUGACUGCGGAAAGCUUCUGGAGUGAAAUGGUCAGGUUAAAUAACGACACAAGACUCAGAAAGGACUCUGCAUACGCGUUUGAUGUGGCAUGGGUGAUUGCACUGACACUGAAUGCUACCAUGGCCGAUGGAUUGACGUAUGAGAGACUUAACAAGCGGACAUACGAGGAGGUUCUCCUGAUCAAAAAGUGGAUAAGGAACACAAACUUUGAAGGAAUCACAGGCCCUGUUCGGUUUGACAAAAAUAGAGAACGCGUAGGAACAGUUCUCGUUAAACAAAAUAGAGGAGGAAAUGAGACCAGAAUCGGUCAGCACUUCACCUUCUCAGACGAGCUCCACAUAUUUCCCUCCCAGCGAGAUGAGAUAUGGCCAGAUAAUAAACCGCCCAGGGAUCACACAGUCGAAAAUCUGGAGUUUAUGAUGGUCCCAUUGCCUCUUAUAAUUAUCAUGUGGCUUAUGGCAGCUGUCGGAAUCAUCUGUUCGGCAAGUUUUCUGUAUUUUAACAUCAGCAAUGGAAAGAACAGAAUUAUCAAGAUGUCAUCACCGAAGCUUAAUAAUAUAAUUAUUCUGGGAUGUAUACUUUGUUACGCCUCAGUCGUUUUGUUUGGUUUGGAUGCGAGGUUCCUCAACUUAAAAGAAUACGGAAACAACUGUAAUGCUAGAACUUCAGUGCUUUCUAUUGGAUUUUCUCUAUCAUUUGGUGCCAUGUUUAGCAAAACUUGGCGAGUUCACAAGAUAUUUACAGCUGCCAAGACUCUCAAGAAAAUGGCCAUCAAGGAUCUUCACCUGCUUGUUAUUGUGGCGGGCUUGCUAGCUGUUGAUGUGGUGUUCUUGUCAUGCUGGAUUGCAAUUGAUCCGCUCGUUGCCGAAAUACUGACAUUUAAAGAAAUGAUCCGAAAGGAAAAAGACAUCAUCAUCAUUCCCGCGUUAUACCAGUGCACGUGUCAAUACAAAACGUAUUUCCUUGGCGUCUUAUUCGCCUACAAAGGCAUCCUUCUGCUAUUUGGUCUUUUCUUGGCCUGGGAGACACGUAAUGUUACGAUUCCGGCCCUGAAUGACUCCAGGUAUAUCGGGAUGUCGGUUUAUAACGUGGUCGUGUUGUCCAUCAUUGGUGCUAUUGUGGCUAUUGCCCUGGAUGGAUCCAUGUAUUAUGAAGCUCCAUAUGCCAUUUCGUCAUUGUGCCUGAUCGUGUGCACCACUGCGACGCUGUUACUGGUGUUUGUACCAAAGAUUUACCAGUUUCUCAUGAAAGACGAAACACUAACUACCCAAGCCUCAAGUAUGCAUGUCGGGCAGACAAGAACACGAGCCCACAGUUAUAGCCUAAGCGGCAGUAGCCCUGUUCUAAAGGAGAGACAAACUUCAUUCACCUGCAAAUCAACACAAACAGACUGCGAUGUUCCUGGAAGUGCAGUAAAUGGAGUCAUUUUCAAGUACAGGGGCUCCUCCUCAAACGACAUACCUUACGAAAUACGCAUGGAUGACAUCGAACUAAACGAAACAAUGGUAGUGGCGUUUAGUCCCCAGACCUGCGAGGCUGUCAUCAAAAACUGCUACUCAGAAGCUCCAAGCAGCACUUAGAAGGAAAAAUAUAUAUCUAUUGCAAUGAAACACAACGACGUCAUUUAGUCCAGUCCUUCAAGACUCCUUGCUCUGCCUUUGGUGGGACUUCUAGCAUAGGUUAAGCCAAGUGUGGGACAAAAGGUCGAAAGACUGAACUAUUCUUCACGAAAAAUCACGAUUGUAUUGGAGAAUUCAGAUGUUUGUGGAAAAUCGAAUCUUGGUGGAAUAAUUCACAAAGUACUCGAACACUGUAUUUAAGCUCAGAAUGGAUAAAAACAGGAACAUUAUGGAAAUGAUAUCACGACGGGGCUCAGUGCAACAAAAUUCUUAAGCAGUUUAUAAUCUUUAUGAUUUUUAAAUCUUCGCCAUGUAGUCUCCAUCGACAUGGCUCUUAUACAAGUUUAGCAAAAUUAGAUUUAUUCAUUCACUCCAUGUCUUUGAAAUUCUGAAGGGCUACCCUUAGGACACAAAACAGCACAUGAUCUUUACAUCGCGAAAAUACGAAAAUAAAUGGAUAUGAUUUUGUUAAAUAGUUUUUAAAUUUAUCUGUAAACAGAGAGGUAUUAGUCCUCUUGUAAUUAAUGUUUGGACAGUCAGGUUUCUAUGAGGUCGCUUAAUUCUUAGCCAUCAUUGUUAGUUGCAUGUUUGUUUGGAUUUUUUACUACACUUUGUAAACCAUUUACCAUUCCCGAAUUACCUUCAGCCUCUUUCUCAAAGCGAGUCAUGGCGCCCGUCCUUUCAUAUAAAAAUGAGAUUUCACCCACAUGCAGAUUAACCUCAUUUUCAUAUGAAUAGUUGUGCGCCAGGCCUCGCUUUGAUAAAGAGGCUUAAGGCAACUCGGAAAUGGGCUAAUGAAGCCCAAAAAUGACCUUCUAUAGCUUGGAAAAUUUAGGUAUAAUAUUUCAAGGCACGUCAUCCAUGAGGCAUCUGAAAUUUAGCCAGCGAUCACACGGAAAGCAGCCUUAAGAUCUGCCUAUCCUGUGUAACAAUGUAAUCAAAAAAAGAAUAAGCCAGAGGUAGUAAACAGGAAUAAAAAGAGUUCAACCCAA